GUUGCGGCAGCAGCGGCGGCAGUGGUGCUGACAUUGGGACAGCGGUGGCAGCACAGCGGUGGCAGCAAGAGCUGCGGGACUGGCAGAGGGCAAGGCACCAUGGCCCUUGCUCUGCGCCUCUCCUCCUGCUCCUCCUGGCAGUGGCCCUGCCUGCCAGGGCUGCCCAGGCAGCUCCGUGGCCAGCGCGGGGAGCAGGUCUACCAAGAGCCCAGAGACAAGACAUAGGAGAGAAGAAAUCCCUAGAGGCAGGCAAACUUUUGGACCAGAUGCUAAGUGAUCUGGAGAGACGCCAGUGGUGAGAUCCCUGGGAAGUCUUCUGGAGAAGGAUGGGUAAAAGAUAGUUUGGAACUAUUGGGUGCUUCUGCAGGUGUGUCUGCAGGGAGCACUAUCCCAUCUCCAGGCCUGGAUGCUGUGUACAAACCGAGCCCCCAUCACAGGGGUCCUCCAACAGGCAAGGCCCAAGACAUGGGAGACAAGAAAUCCCUGGAAGCCGACAGACUUCUGGACAAGAUGCUGAGCGACCUGGAGAGACGCCGUGAGAUGGAAGAAGAGGCUGUGCUGAAGGCUCUGUUUCCCAGAGGAAGCAGUGGUUCUGUUCCUGCCUCUGCUGCAGGAAGGGAGGCGAUGCCAGGCACAGUCACAGGAGGUCCACCAAGAGCCCAGAGACAAGACACAGGAGAAAACAAAUCCAGGGAGGCAGCCAAACUUUUGGACCAGAUGCUAAGUGAACAGGAGAGACGCCGUGGUGACAUUGCUGGGACGGCAUCUCAAGAAGGUUCAGUGGAAGAUGGUUUGGAACUCUUGGGUGCUUCUGCAGGUGUGUCUGCAGGGAGCACUUUCCCAUCUCCAGGGCUGGAUGCAGUGUACAAACUCAGCUCCCAUCAAAGGGGUCCUCCAACAGGCAAGGCCCAAGACAUGGGAGACAAGAAAUCCCUGGAAGCCGACAGACUUCUGGACAAGAUGCUGAGUGAUCUGGAGAGACGCCGUGUGAUGAAAGGAAAGACUGUGCUGAAGGCUCUGUUUCCCAGAGGAAGCAGUGGUUCUGUUCCAGCCUCUGCUGCAGGAAGGGAGGCGAUGCCAGGCACAGUCACAGGAGGUUGGGAUCACGACAUGAGUUAUUCAGAAAAGCUGAUGAAUGACCAUUUCAAGAUUCUAGAACUUGGUCGAGGGUGA